UUCAGGCGAAAUUACGACGAUAUCAUAACUGUGCUAACGUAUGGUGAUAGCUCAACAAGCUCUGACUCAUCUGAUGAAGACUUGCUCGAUGAAAUCUUUGUUAGUUCUAUGUUCCCUGAUUACAAAGUCGAUUAUCCGAGAACAAACAUCGACGACUUAAACGAGAGUCAGUGUGUUGCGAUGUUUAGGUAUGAAGCAAUGUAGCCGUCAAAAUAGUUUGUUCAGAUAUGUAGCAAACGGUUACCCUUGUGCGUGAAAAUUUGAUUAUACGUUUUGAUUGGCGUUUCGUAUGUAAGCUUAUUUAGUCUUGUGUUUUCAAAGGUUUCAGAAGUGUGACAUGUACCGCCUAUUAGAGGCUUUGCAAAUUCCAGAAUGCUAUAUCUGCUCCCAGAGGACUUUUGUCACUGGAAUGGAAGCCCUUAUGAUCCUGUUGCGAAGGCUUACCUACCCAAAUAGAUGGUGUGACUUACAAGCCAUGUUUGGAAGGUCCGAAUCUGAGCUAAGCUUAAUUUUCCAUAAGGUAUUAAACCUAGGUAACAGAACUUGCCUUAUAAAACAAGGGCGAAGUGGUUUGGUUAAAAGCCCCAUUCUUUCGAAUCAAGCACACAAAAACCUCCCUGAAUAUAGAGACUGGAAUCUCCUUAAAUCACAUGGAACUUGUUUUAUUAUGGUCAUAUGCAGUUUUUACUUUGAUUACCUAGAUACUUGAUGAUAUUCACGACAGAUUCGGUCAUCUCUUGGAGACCCUAGUUCUGGUCUGGCUUGAUCCUGGGAUUUUUUCCCAAGUUAUACAUGUGAAAGGUGCACCACUUAACCAGUGUUGGGGAUUCAUUGACGGUACCCCAAGACCAAUGGCACGCCCAACAAGAAAUCAAAAGAUUAUGUACAGUGGACAUAAAAGGACACACUGCAUAAAGUUCCAGGUACAACAGCAUUCUGUGUAUAAUAUGGAUCCAAGAAAAAUUAGUUUGCCUUAGGACCAAAAUUUUUUAAAUCUUUCAAGGCAACUCUCUCCCACACCACGACACAGCCCUAAAAAUGAACAGACAAGGAACUACUGCACCUAUUGCUUCUUAUUCAAGGGUAUACAUGUAUAUUAGAGCUAGUUUAACUUAACUCUCUCUGCCAAACAGCGGGUGAAAUCCAUGUUCUGGGCCCCCACCAGUGAUGUACCUGGAUCUGAGUAUGAACAAUUAUGGCAAUUUGUCAAUCAAGAUGAAAGGAAAUUCAAAAUGCACUUCUGGAAUUCCUUGAAUCCAUUGGGGGCCCAGAACAAAGAUAUCAGAGCUGCUUCGCAGACAUUACUAACCGAGGUUAAAUAAUAUGUCUGUGACACGGCGUAUAUCAGAGCCUGGCCUGCUGUCCUAUAGUUACCAAUGGUCCCUUACAGCAUUUUUUUUAACCUGCCCAUGACUAUUGUUGUAUAUUUUUAACAUUAUUUCCUAGUCAGUUCAAGCUCCUAAUGGAUUAAUUGCCCACCUGUUUGGCCCUAUUCUCGGUUUUCACCUGACGUCACAACCCUUUCCAAAUAUGGGCAUCCGCCAUAUUUGUGUCCCUCGGUCUGUGAAAUUUAUGAUAAUUGUAUGCCAUCUCUAUCGACUCCUUCUAAUUUUUAAAGAAUUUUGCGCUUCUAUUAUGGAUGUGGCGGAAGAAAAAGGCGAGGAAGACUUGAAGACGCUUUCCUUUCAUAUUCCUGUGUUGUCAGAGUACGCUAGAGCUUUGGACAAGCAAGUCAAGCGACGAUAUCUCGAAAAGAUUUCAGUAGUAGGAGUUGAUCCCGUUAGCAUUCCUAGUGAACAGUUUGAUCCUGAGUGUUUGCCGCACAUAGAAGCGACUGAUUUACUUGGAUAUCUCGUCUUAGAGACAAGCUUUUAUACAAGGCAGCAAUUUAAAGCUUACAAGAGCUUGGAGGCGUUUAACCAAAUGGUUUCUGGGUUCGUAACUUCAGUGAGAGGAUGUAAGAUCUCCAAUAAGCAUGUUGUCGUCGCAAAAGUGCGGCACUCUCAACGAAUGAAUGACCCGCUGGUAAAUAUUUGGAUAAUUGCAGAGAGUGAUGGCACCAUUCGCUCCACGCACUGUUUAGGUUGCAAAGCGGGGCUGGCUGAGUCCUGUUCACACAUCGCAAGUGUCCUCUUCUACAUUGAAGCUUGGAUUCGAAUAAAUGGCAAAUUAGCUUGCACACAAGUGAAGUGUUCGUGGCUGUUACCCACAUACGUGAAUGAGGUGCCCUAUGCUAGGGUUCGAGAUAUUGACUUUUCUUCAGCAAAAAGAUUGAAGGAAAACUUAGAUGCAAAAAUUGAUUGUUUGACGGAGAGCAACAUCAAAGAUCUGUUUUCACCUCAGCAGGGUCAAGCGGAAAUGGGACGCCCCGACGUUUCUUCCCCGUCACAAGCGGAAAUGAGUUCUCUCUUUGAGAAAUUAAAGAGCUGCAAAAUCAAGUCAGUUGCUCUGAGUUUGACUGAUGAGUAUGCUGAUCAGUUCAUAGCGAAAAGUAGGACUAUCCCUGUUGUUUUUGACUUAUUUGAGACAGAGAAUCUUGACUUGGAUUAUCAUGAACUAUUGCAAAAAUGUGCAGAAGUUAACUUGGAUAUCUCACGCGAAAGCAUCGAGCUCAUUGAGAAGGACACAAGGGCUCAAGCAAGGGGCUCAGGAUUCUUUCGUCACCGUGCCGGGAGAAUUGGUGCCUCGGUCAGUGGGGCUGCUUUUCACAGUAACCUGUCACAACCACCCCAGGCACUGAUAAAAAGUAUUUGUUACCCAAAUGUUUUCAAGGUGAAUACUAAGGCCACAAGACAUGGGUGCAAAUAUGAGGAUGAUGCUAUUAGUGCAUAUGAAAAUGAAAUGAAAAAAACUCAUUCUAACUUUACACUUACUCGAUGCGGUCUCUUUGUCAAUGAGCAACAUCCAUUUCUACAUGCCACACCAGACUUCCUCACAGCAUGUGAUUGCUGUGGGCUUGGUUGCGGAGAAGUGAAAUGCCCUAUUUGCAUAAACAAUUGUGACUUUGAAAAAUACACAAUGGAAAAGAAUGCCUGCUUAGAAAAAGUGGAUGCAAUGUUUCGCCUGAAAAAGCACCACAAUUAUUAUUUUCAAGCACAGCAACAGCUUUUCACUGUAACUGACAGAAAACACUUGACUUUGUGGUAUGUGCCAUCAGCCCCCACAGAGAACCGCAAAUAGUUAUAGAACGUAUUUAUCCGGACUUAGAGCAUUGGCAUACUGUACUCCCAAAACUUGAAGCUUUUUGGAGGGUAAGUAUCCUCCCUGAGAUUCUGGGUCAUUGGUACACAAGGAAAUGUACCUUGCCCAUGAACAAACCCAAUGACAAUGGGAUAUGCCUUUGUCGGGGUCCACGGGAUGACACUGUCAUUACAUGUAGCAACCCAGAAUGUCCAUAUACAGAAUUUCAUCCUUUAUGUUUGGCUCUUGGUUCAGCUAUGACCCCCAAAACAUGGUACUGCCCACACUGUUCUAGAUUGCCACAGUUCAAACGGAGAAGGGAACGUUCCUUAUCUGCCAAACAGAGUGCACAGGUAGCAGUAAACCAGGCUGCCUCGCAGUGUAACAACAUUUGUGUUUGUACUUCUAAAGCAAGCCCAACAGACAAACUAAUUGAGUGCCAUUCAACAGAAUGUAGCAAUGGAAAGUUUUUUCACCUAGCUUGUCUCGGUUUAAAAAGAAGGCCAAACAAAUCUAAGACAACCUGGCAAUGUAGUGCUUGUAAAAAAGCAAAACAGCUAGUCAAAGCUACUACUUGUACUUCUUAUGCGUCAGAACCAACAAAAUCUACAACUGAAUCCCCUGUCGUGCAUGAUAGUGAUGGUGAUGAUGUCGAUGAUGAGGAUGAUGUCAGCAUCACUCAAGUAACAGUAGGUGCUGCAAACAAACAAAGCGCCCUUGCAAAGCUUGUUGAGAGUGAUUAUCAAACAAUUCUCAGCCCAGCCGGGUGGCUUACUUGUGAUAUAAUCCAACAGGUUCAAGUGCUCCUACAGAAAGAAAAUUCAUCGAUUGAGGGAUUUCAGCGGCCCACCCUUGGCCCAGUACGCAACUUCAAUGUUGUGUCUGGGGAAUUUGUACAAAUACUACACACGGGCAGUGACCACUGGGUAUGUGUUAGCUCGAUAGGAUGUUUGCCAGGCUAUGUGAAUCUUUAUGACAGCCUUUAUCAUGAUGCAAUUUGCCAAGAAGUGGAAGACCAAACUAAUGAUUUGCUGGGUGGAAGAUUGGUCAGUCUACAGUUUGUUUCCGUUCAGCAACAAACAAAUGGCUGUGACUGUGGCAUAUUUGCAAUAGCCUUUGCCACGUGCCUUGCUUUAGGCACUAACCCCAGCAAUGUGACAUUUUAUAUUCAAAGAAUGCGUUCACAUUUAGUUACAUGUUUAAGGGCAAGAAAAAUGAGCAUGUUUCCAUGUUUUUGACUCUAAUCGCUUUAGUGUUCUAUUUAAUCGUUUAUUUUAUUUAUAGGUAAUAAUAAAAUAGCUGAAGUUGAUGGAGCAGUGAGGGAAGGGGCAUUUUAUACAUAACACUGAAAAUUGAAGAUUCAUCACAUUUCCUGAAAAUAAUGUCAAUUUUUGUUCCAGCUAGAGCUUAUGUACAUGCUGUUCAUCCCAUACUUUGCAUUGGGGUUAUUACUGAAACCAGGGUUCAACAUCUCCAGUAGCCCAGUAGCUCAAUGCUGGUAAAAUGAGGUUGGGCUGGUAAAAUUUCACAUUUUUACCAUUGUGUCAACUAGUAGAAAAUUGGAAAGAAAUUUUGAGUUGUAAGGAUGGUAAUAAUAAUGAAGAAUGUAUAAUUUUAUCACCGAUGGGACUAAUAACUUUCAAAGAAUAUUAGCCUGGUAAUUCAGCUAGCCAGAGCAUGCUGAACCCAUAAGUUACUCAACAAUGGUUGAUGUGGCUUACUAGUAUGUGAAAAGGUUAGGCAAUUAACUGAAAAUGCAAGCAUCAGGGCUGGACACUGAUGGUAGUCAUAGCCACAGAUACCCUGUGAGCAGAGGCCCUUUGAUCUUCCUAGAUAAGUCAGGAAGAGGAAGGGACCUUCCUCUUCCCAACUUUUCUAGGAAGAUCAAAAGGACCUCUGCUCAAAGGGUAAAAAAGCCACAGACCACUUUCGCAGUGAAAAAUUUGAAAUUAGACAUAGUUUGCUUAUUGCAAGAAAAAGAAAAAAGAUUGAAUUGACUGACAAAAUAAUAGUGCUAUUUUUGGUAUGACUUCCUAGCCUGAAUGGUAAUUAAUUGGCAUCCUCAGAGGCAAAGUCUCUAGAGUGCACUGCUUUUCAUAUCGGCCUUUUUUGUGGAAUAAAAUGUAAAUUUUUCUAGCCUAGGUAUUCUUCAGUUUUUUAUGUUUGCGGAUGCAUUUAUUCUGCUGCAUUUGAGUCAUUACUUCAUCCCAUUUAAUUUGGCUGAUGAAAAUUAAUAUUAUUUUGCCUAGUAAAAUCUACAUACAUUUAGUCACUAGCCACUUAAUUGGCUAGUAAGUUUAAAAGUUAGUGUCGAGUCCUGAAGCAUUCUGUUUACAAAGACAUUUGUUACUUUUGGUCAUAAUUUCACAUGCUGCAAAAUACUAGUACAGUGAAACCUGUAUUAAGCGGACACCCUCGGGGAAUGCUGUAGUGUCUGCUUAAUACGGUGUCCGCUUAAUACAGGUUUCACUGUACGUGAUAGAGGAGCAGACGAAUGACUUGCUAGGUGGUCAUUUGGUGGAACUUCAGUUUGUUCCAGUUCAGCAGCAGACAAAUGAUAGCGACUGUGGGGUGUUCGCAACUGCCUUUGCUGUCUCUCUUGCUUUGGGAACAAAUCCUAAGCAUGCAACACCCUUAGAAUGCAUCCCCAUUUAGCAGCCUGUCUUAAGGCAGAAAAAAAUAAGCAUGUUUCCUGUUUUUUAACUUACUGUCAGUUUUAUUCAUUGACUCAAACCAUUGAGUAGAAUAUUAAUCACUUUAUGCAAGCAAAAAAGUGAACUGAAGGAUAUCUACUGUAGUGUAUGCAAAUUGAACCUAAAGCUGCAGGGGUACAUGUAAUAUAAAAUGUUGCAAGACUCUCCACAUUAUUUUAAUACGCUCCAGAUACAUGUUACUACACAAGAACAUUUUGACUCUUGAAAAAGAAUUGACUUUACCCUUCAUGUACAACCCUUUUUUCUUUUGAAAAAAUGGGCCCUGGGUUUUUAUUACUAUUAUAAUCUAUUUUACUAUACACAUUGUAUUUCCAGAACUUUUUAAAAUAAUGUGUAAUAAAGCUAUUAUUUAUGUCCAUUUAGGUUUUUUGAUAACUACAAUGGGCAUGGUCCCUGUAAUACUAGCCUUGGCUGAUUAUGAAGUUUAAAUUUAUAAAUAAUGAUACCUUUAUAACAGUCAUUACCUGCAAAGUAGCUAAUAAAAGCUGAAACAAUCCAAAUUCUCAUUUCAGUUCCAGGGUUGUCGCUAAGAUUUCAAGUUGCUGGGUAAAUACAACAAGUUAAGGGGGGGAAUCAAACACUGAGGGGUUUCUUUUGGUUCUAAAAAUUUUCUUCCAUUUUCCAAUAAAAGUAGCCAGGGGCCACACUCAUAGUAGCCAGGGGAAAUCCCCGGCCCCCGGCUCUUAAUGACAGCCCUGAGUUCCUUUUGUAUUUGCUUGUGAAACAAAGGAAGAAUGUCUCAUCAGAUCAGGAGUCACUUAGGGCCUUAUUCCAUGCACCUCUUCGAUCGGAAAUUAAAAUUUACAUCAAGAUAGUACCAAAAUCUCAUCAAAAUACAUGUAUAUAUUUUUAUACUUAAUUGCUUUAAAGGAAACUGAUUUUUUUUAUGUGCUGUGUGUUGUUCCAGGAAAUACUCAGUCUCCAUUGAUUCGCCAUUGUGUAUGUAGGAGGGGUGGGGUGGGGGAACCUCUUGCCAUUAGUUCACACUGCCUGCUAAAAAGUUUGGCUUACAAGAGCAAUGUCAGUUUUUUGCCUCCCCAAGAACAAUAACAACUGAUACAUUUUUUACAAAACAAAUAUAAGAAUGUUUGUGUUUUACAAAAAUUCAAAGCUCUCUAUACAUACUUUACAAAGACAUUUUUACCAUUCAACAUGUGUCAUAAUUUAAAGCAGUGCAUCUCCACCUUGCCUUGCUGAAAUAGUUGUGCCACAACUGUAUAAUUUGGCAUGAAACUAUUAUGAGACACUGAACUAACACUUAAAACUUAUCUUGAAAGUCAAUUUGUAGCUUGAGCUAAAACUUUUUACAUGUCCAAGCCCAUGUUUUAUGGUCCCUGUCCCCAAAAAAAGUACACACCAUAAUAUUAACCCUUUUCACUCCCAUACUGAAUAAUAUACAGUGUAGUGUAGUAUUUAGGAAGUUCUGACUUUUAAGUUUCUGGACAAAUUGCUAGGGUUAACAUUCAAAUGAAACCCCUUCAACAGUACUUUCCCAUGGUGCUUUUUGUUUUCAAUAUUUUACAAAAUGAAAUUUGGAAAUUUUGCUGACUUUUGACUUUAACCACCUCUGGGAGUGAAAGGGUUAACAUGGUUAUGUCUUAUCAUUUCAAACUUCUAAAUGUAACCAAAAAGGACAUGACUAAUCUAAGGGUACUAUUCCAGGGCAUAAAUUCACAAGAGCAGAGCAAACCCUCACUCUUCUGUCAAUUAUGGGAACCUGGGAAUCUGGUGCUUCCUUAGCGCUACCCCUAAGAAAGUCUGUUGGUAAAGUACCCUCUAAAAUUGUGUACUUACGACGGAGAAGUCCAAUUACUCUUUCGACAUGAAUGCGAACGCUCGCAAUACCUCGGGUCUUCUCUACAUCUAUUGGGUCUAGCUGUGACUUCCCCUUAGUAAACGCUGGAAUGAUAAGUUUAGCUUGUUUUAGUCCCACACUUUCACUGACUGUGAAGCCUCUGUCCGCCAUAACCAUGUCUCCAGGUAAAAGUUUGUCAAGAAAUCCACAAUUCUCAGUCAGGAACUUGUCAGAGGUUCUACCCCCCCAAGCUUCAGAAACAAAUGAAAUAGAUCCUUGAGGGGUGAUGCCUAUUAAAAUUUUUAUAGUGUUGUGAUGUUUAUAUGAACUAAAUGUCUGUGCUCUUGCAAGCAAAUUUGUUGGUUUCUCAAUGAAAACCUCAAAACAGUCGAUUAUAACUGUCACCUUGUUGCCAAAGGCGUAUUUAAAGCACAUUGGCAUUGUUUUGCAAAGAUUCUCUCUCUCAGGCCAGUGAACAAGCGGACGCAACCUGUAGUCCAUGGUAUUCAUCCAUGAAAAAAAAAUCCGUGAAACAGUUGGUACCGAUACCAAGAAACGAUAAGCCAGAUCCUUAAAAGGGACAUAGAGUCGAAGCUUAAUCAAAACCAAAACAAAUUCCUGGAAUGGAUCCAGUGCCUGAGUACGGCGACUCACGUGUGGCGCCACAUGGUUAAAAGUUGUUACAAGAACCUGGUAGGAUGGUAACCCCGUAUAAAAGCGAACUUUAUCAUCAGAUCUGAAAUACUCUCUGUCCGGAGCUUGAUAUGUUGGCCUAUAAAACAUGUAUUCAAACUCCUCGGUUUGUGUUUCGGCGUCUUUUGAAGGCUCUGAGACGCUUCCUUCAGCGUGGUUUUCAGCAUCGCUUGUAGUACCAGUCGUGGAACUAGAGGCCUCUGAUGGCUCCAUUUCUGUCGCAUUGGCAAUGCCAGGAUUUUCCUCCACUUUUUCUGUUGAGGUAAUUGUGCUGUCUCUGUGAAGUAGAUAUCAACAACUCGAUCGCCACUCACAUUUAGAUGUUUUCUCUUCUCGGCGACUUCGACUUCCUGUCGUUCAAUAGAACGUUUCCUGCGUUCCUUUGCUCUUUCGGCUCUUUCUUCUGCAGCCUUCUGGGUUUGUUCUUUCCGUUCGUUUCCCUUAUAAUCCCUUUUACCGAGAUUUAAAGUCGGUACCCAAUCGAUGUUGUGCUUGUCCCAUACAGCUGCAGCCUUCCCUGAAACGAAAUGACGAUCACACACACGUUCGCUUUCUAGGAUGUCCUUCUCCUCAGUGUCGCCACGACUGACCGCCGAAAUCCAUCGAUUUCUUCUCUCCCGUGUCAAUUCUUCCCAUUCCUCGCCUUGAUUUGUGAUAAUCUUUGGUAUUUUACUGAAUUUUGCGUUCUGUUUACCGCUUUUUCCCCCGCAACCGACCACAAUACAGAGAACCAUCUCAAACUCACGCACUCGCGUCUUAGAUUUGUUUACAUUUCAGGGGCACAAAGAUGGCGGAUAGCAACCGUUGCCAAGGUCAGUGUCACGUGAGUGAAAACCGAGAAUAGAGGGAAAACGUCAUGAUGCUUUCAUGCUAGGGGUCAGCGGUUUGGCUGAUAAACUGAGAAGAUUCCAGAAGCCAAAUGGGGAACCCUAUGUAAUUUAUGGAGACCCAACCUAUGGCCUGACAAGAAACAUACCGGCUCCUUAUAGGGGAGUUAGAUUAACAGAUGAUCAGCAGGAAUUCAACAGUCAAAUGAGCAAAGUUAGAACCUGUGUAGAAUGGGAAUUUGGCAAGAUUUGUCAGCUCUUUGCAUUUCUGGAUAUUAAGAAAAACUUAAAGCUUUUGCUCCAGCCCAUUGGCGAGUACUAUUUGGUGGCAGUUAUACUGGUCAACUGCCAUACUUGCUUUUAUGGUUCUCAGACUGCUGCAUAUUUUGAUCUUGAUCCACCCAUGUUAGAAACCUAUUUGUCAAACCAUUAA